GGAUGGCAGACAGCUAGCGGCAGACGGAUUUCGUGCUGUAUUUUCGUAUUUUUUCCCAUCAAUAUUCAAUGAAGAAUAUCGCAGAGAAAUAUUGUCAGCACUUUGACAUGAUUUUCGACCUCUUCAUAAAGUCUACAGUCUCAGCCUGACUGGACGAAUCAUGCGGAACUAAGCCAAACACAGACACAAAGGUCUGCAGAGACUCCGAGAAUCAGAGAGAGGGGCGACCGUGACCGAAAAGGGGGGAAGCCGUUGAAAACGAGGUGUAGGCCCGGGUGGAACUAGGGCAAACCUCGGUGGUGUUCCAACGUGUUUCUCGCGCGUCCAGGUGAAGCCUUUUGGAUUUCCUGUAUGCUGGCCCCUAAACCUUGAGUUAAUUUAGGGGCCCAGGCAACAUCAUGAGGACUAGGGCGAGAUAUGUUUUGCUUGUUGUCUGCGCUGUGGGAGUUACUGCGUUGCUUUACCUGCACCUGAGCAGUAAAGAUGGACACCACGGGGUGGAUCAAGAGUUCGAUAAAUGGAACAGACAACGGCACCAGCUUCUCAUUCAACCAUUUGAUGAUAGACAUCCCAAGGACACUCUCUUCAACCCGGACAAAUUGCCUCAACCCAUUAACUUUGCACCUUUUCCGGGGGCUGGAAACAAGGAGGAAAGGGGCAGGAGAGAGCACACUUGGAGAGGAACUGGAGAAGAGGUGAAGACGUUUGAGGAGGCCUAUAGCAAUGCGCAACAUCUACAAGAAAAAAGACAACAACUGCUGAAGAUUGAUCGCUCCACGUGUAAACCACUGCACAAUAUCACCUUUCUCAAGGUGCACAAGACUGGCAGCAGCACCUUGCAGAACAUCUUCCUGCGAUUCGGACAACGCCACAAGUUGAACUUUGUGUUGCCACCCUACGGUCAUCACCUUGGCUUCCCAGAGUUCUUCAGCCAUCUCCACAUGCUACCUGUGGACAGCGGCUUGUACAAUAUAUUCUGUCACCAUUCCCGCUUUAGUAAGGUCAUCCCGGAAAUUAUGCCGCCGAAUUCGGUCUAUAUCAGCAUCCUGCGUGACCCGGUCCACGUCUUUGAGAGUGCUUUCACCUAUUUUAAAAUAGACUACCGCCUCAAAAUGACUGACGAUAAAGAUGCUAUGAGCAAAUUUCUUGAAAAUCCGAGCAUAUUUUACGUGAAUGCACCCAGCGUGGUGCACAUGCGCAAUAACAUGCUGUAUGACUUUGGAGUGCCAAGCACCAAAUAUGAUGACAUGGGCUACAUAACGGGAGCAAUUGACAAAAUUGAUCAGCAGUUCUCGUUAAUUUUAAUUGCAGAAUAUUUUGAGGAGUCAUUAAUUCUGCUCCGCGACGUGCUUUGCUGGCGAGCGGAAGACAUGGUUGUGUUUAAGAUGAACUCUCGCAAUCAAACAUCAGUAGACUCAUUAAAGACAGGCGUUCAGGAAAAGAUUCGCUCGUGGAACGCGGGCGACGUGAUGUUGUACGAUCAUUUUAACAAAACGCUGUGGCGUAAGAUCGAGGAGUACGGCCGGGACAAAAUGGCCAAGGAAGUUAAAGAACUUCAAGCCCUGACAGAUCAUUACCACAGACUCUGUAUCCAGACAGACUCGGCAGACAGGAAGGAGGGGGAAUUUGACCUCUGGCAACCGCCUGGGGUCAAGAUCAAUAACUUUGUACUGAAGGAAUCAGCGCGGGAUAACCCAGUUUGUGAGAACAUGGUGAGACCCGAGAUUGUUUACACCCACGAGCUGAGACGUGCACAGUUUCCAAAGAUCCCAUUUCGGAAAACAAAGCGAAGCACAAGAAGGCGGAAAGCGCUGUAGAUGCAAUUCUGUACAAUUUCUUCAUUUCAUAUGGGCUUGUGCUGAUAUCAAAAGUUACCUUUGCAGGCCUGUAUGCUUCGUUUUUGAAAGGGCAAGGGCACCAAGGCAUUGCUCCUUGGUAAAGGGCUUCCUAUGGGGAAAUAUCUACUGGAGCGCAUUUCAAGGCCACCAAGGCAACGUCCAGGGGGCAUGGAGGCAAUCUUCUUCGUUGCCGCUGUGAAGUAUCUGCCAAUAUGGCAAUACUCGGUAAUAUUGUCCGUCCGGGCUAGCUUAACUUUAUAGAUUUAUCAUCAACCAUUAGAUGGGCCCGCUCCAGGGAUUCAUAAACUAGAGACCCAUCAAUAAAAAUGCUUGUUAGAUUAUUAAUGCAUAAACUUGUCUUUACUUAUAAUUAUAUUUCAACUAUAUUACGAAAAAUAGGUUAUUUGACUCAGUGGCUCCCAUGGAUGCUGCUUUGUUUGUGAUCAAAGGUAUUUUAUUUUAUAUUUGAAAAACUCUGCUAUCAGGCCUAUAACUUAUAUUUUGGCACAGCUAUUCUUAGGCUUUAUUUUUUUCUUAAUCAGCGAAUACCGAAAGUUGUGCUUUUCUGAAACUCUCUUAUUGUAACAUAGGAAAAGGAAUGCUUUCUUGUUAGUCAAGAAGGGAAAGUACUUUUUCUUCAUAAAGUAAACCAAAUAUAUUAAGGAGUAACUUGUACAUGCACCUUGUCUUUGAGUGCGGAUAUGUAGAUAUUAACAAACAGUCACCUUUUUUUUAUUAAAUGUCAAAGGUCAUGUGGCGUUUAUCAUCCAUUCUAACCUGGAAAACAACCCGUACUUAGGCUGUGAUUGUGGUUUUAUGUAGAUAUUUCUUACUUGAAGUCAAAGUGUAAAGUCACCUCGCAUCCUUGUGGGGAAAUCAGUCAAUUUUGUUGACGCACAACUCUGCAAUACUGCAUGCUGCGGCAGGAGUUUGAUCAAAUUGUUGCGUGUUUUGUCGGUAAUCCACUUGGCCGUGUAAUCUUAUACUGUACAUGUAUCGUUGGGUCAAAGUGUUUGUUGUGAAACUUUAUUCUCAGCAGGCAACAUAUUUUAUAUAAAAAAGGUAUCAUCAUCGAAAUUCGUCCUGUGUUAAAAACAUUUCAUUUGUCACAACGAAAAUAUAGGUUUUGGAAUCAUUAUGUACAUGGUGUCAGAGCUAAUUUUUGAUCAAUUACUAAUUAGCCAAGUGAAGCUCUGAAAAUGUGGCUUACCCUGAACAUAUUACUGCGAAAGCACUGCUGAUGCUUUUUUUUUUUUUUUCUAAAUACUGUGUAGCAAAUGUUUGCUAAUUAGUGUAUCCUGAUUAGCGUUAACAGCUCUGUCAAGUUUGAUGAAGUUGCAUUUUAGUUUCAACCUUAAAGGCAGUGGACACUAUUGGUAGUUACUCAAAAUAGUUAUUAGCAUAAAACAUUACAUGGUAAUGAG